CGGCAGGUAUUGCUCGCAAAUAUGGCGGCUGCCAGAGGUGGUGGUGAUUUCGACUUUCCGCCUCUGGAAAAGAUCAAAGUCGAGGCCGUGUCGAACGUUCCCGAGGCGAACGCCGAGAAUGUGCGUCCCGGCCGUGAGAUGGUGCACGUCGUGAAAAAGGUGCCGCCGCGAGCCGCCGACGACAGCGACGAGGAAGGGAGCGAUUCGUCGAGCCCCAACGAGAUGUGGGAUACGGGCAGGAUGGACUUGGGACAGGCGAGCGGCGGCAGCGAACUGGACAGCGUCGUGCAGGAUUCGCGGAUUCGUCGCGAUCCGUCGGUGACCGUGGACCAGGAAUCCGCCGAGCGGAAUAUGCCCAAGACGAACUGCCCCGAGCGAAUCGUGAUUUGCAUAGACAUUUCUUCAGAAAUGGAGGACCUACCAUUCACGUUUUCGGACGGGUCAAAGCACUCUCCGCUGUUCAUGGUGAAGAGGGUCGUCGAGCUGUUUGUGCACAACAAGCACAAGAUCGACAAGAGACACGAGUUUGCCCUCGUCGUCUUUCACGAAGUGCCUCUCUGGAUCAAAAACUUCACAAGCGAUCCCAAGGACAUCUCCAACUUCCUCGACGACCUGAAUGAGACAAGGCUCUGCGAGUCAUGCGACCUAUCCGGAUUGUUCAAUGGCAUAAUGGAACAGACUCACAUACCAGAAAUCGGGAGGGACGUGGAGGCCGCUCCGCCGUUCCUCGUCAGGGUGGUCCUCAUCUACGGACGGUCCGGAAGUGUUCCGCUGAUGCACCGAAACGUGGAUGUCCUGAAGCAGAUGAUGCAGUCCCUAUACUUCUUCCUGGACAUCCUGUACAUUCAUCGGCCACUCUCCGAGGACAACUGUUGCCAGGAGGUCUUUGACUCCUUCGUGGCCCUGGACGAACACUUAGCGUCUUACGUGUUCGAGGUGUCUCGUAACGCCACCAAGCUUCACAACUGCAUGGCGAAGCUCUUGUCCCACCCUCUUCAGAGGCCCCAUCAGCACCUGGCUCACUACAAGAUCAAAGCAGACGACAGUCCCAGCUGAGGUGCCUUUGAUGAGAGCCUCCGAGCAUCGUUGUUGUUGUUUACGGAAAGAAAAAAGAAAUGAAAGAUGUUGUGGACUUUUUACAGCAGACCUCUGGAGGCAGUGUUCUAGUGAAAGUGUGUUUUUGUAUUGGUUUCAAGAUGAAGAGCUGCUUGUUACGAGGUUCAUGCAGUCGUCUGCUGAGGGUAUUGGAGGUGGACCUUGCCGUCUGCUAAGGGCAUUGAUAUUGCUUAUUAAAAUGCAAGCGAAAGCAGGACACCCAAAGUUUGCUAUCAAAUUCAUGUCUACAAAGGUUCUGAUAUCCAAAAACUACAUUAUUUGAGAGUAAGCUCUUGCUUUUGGGGUAGAAUUGGGUAGUGGUUCUUAUAGUUCCACUAAGCCGUCUGCUAACAGAAGCUGAGGUUGGUACGGUUGUUUGCUAAAUUUGUUGACUGAAAGAAUGGAGACUCCACUGAAUCUGAAGGUUGUCUCACCAAUUAUGCCUAGAAAAACAUAUAUGUUAUAUGGAAGAUUUCUGGAAGUCCUUAUGCUAAUAACUUUGUCUGCUUAGCUGAGAUGUAACUGAAAAAGUUGGCUAAGAAAGACUGUCUUUUCGGGGCAUUAAAGCAGAUUGUUAGAAAAUUAAACAAGAGCAUUGUAUGUGUGCAAUGUCUUCUGAGAAAGAUGGAAUUCAGCCAUAUGUUGCGUGCUAUGGGUAUUGUCACAAAGCAAGGUAAAUCAAACUGCUUGCUUUCUAAAUGGGACGAGGGGAGGAGGGGGGGAGGGGGGGGGAGGGGAGGCUACAAAGUUUCUGAAAAUUGUUUACCACUUUGCUUUACAUGUCUCGCUUUAUUUUCACUAUAAAAAGUUUAUAGAUGGUGAAGAGUAUUUUUAGUUUGGUUUACCCAUAGACAGCGUGAGCAAAAGGUGGUUUUCAAAGGUCGGACAGAGGUAUGGCUCACCAUGAAAUGGAUCGUUUCGGUUAUCCGUCCGUUCUAAAAUGAUAAUAUAAUGAAUUAUUGUCUCGCUGCUCCAUAGUUUGAGAAAAAGGUGGCCUCUGCUCCAUACGCUCUUUCUGUGGCGCAUUGUUCUUCUUUACACAUGUGUGUAUCAUUGUAGUCACCUCUGUCUGCUACAAUCCUCUUGCUUCCUCAGGUUGCAUCCGACGUAAACACUAGCAGCUUGCAUUUCAAGGGCAUAUGCUUAAAGAGGAACCUACCUAAUUGAACAAGCUAUAAUUGCAAGCCAACCAGUUUAAUUGGCUUUAGCGUACUACGCUCAGUUCAUGGGAUGACUGUCGGACAAAGAAGAAUGGCAACACCGUCUCGUAUGAGAGGCAUUGUAUGCUUUUGUUUAUUUGGGCAUUAACCAAGCUUUGUUACUGCCAUCCUUCAGUUGUCUAGAUAUAUUUGAACUCUGCCUGAAACCAGGCUAAAGUCUUGAUAUUAGAAGCCACACAUGGCCAAACCUUUGGAUUAUUUGGAGAAGCUUUGCAUUGCAGACUUUCUUGAUGAGUUAUUUAAAUAAGGCUAACUGCUUGCUACUUUGUGCCCAACAGAACACCAUGGAUGGCACGUAGAAGUCAGUCGGGGAAAAAGUGUUGCUGAAAACUUUAUUGAGGAAAAGCUGUGUAAAUUCAUAUAAGCUAUGAUGAUCGAUACCAAAGUAUCUUGCCUGCUUGCUGAAAGCUAUUUUUUACUCAUGUAAAGUUUUCUUUCGUGCUUUCUGUUUGCAUUCAUUGUCUGUUUUGUUUUUGUACAAUAUAGAAUUAAAUGCUUGUGGGUGCUGUACAAAGUUUUGUUUCCUUCGUCAGAUUUCACAUUCUCCAUUUUUAUGCGUGUUCAUAGUGUUUUAUCAAAGAAACCAGGUUGUGAUUUCGGUAAAAGUUUUUAUUUUUGUGUUUCGCUUGUGUUGCAUUCAACUGUGGUGCACAUGUACCUUGCAAAGCUGAAUCUGCAGUUCAAACUGAUGCUCAGAUACUUUUCGUUAUCGGGAUAUUGGAUAUAUCCAUGGAUGAAACGGUCAAGUCAGACACCGUUGACGGACAAACAUGUGACUGCAUCUUUUACCUGAAGGACAGCGGCUGAAAUAGCUAGUUGGUUGUACAAAGUGUGCUGCCUUGCGGAUACUUUUUGUAAUAAACGUUCUACAAGUUGACCUGAAA